GAGCGGAGCCCCGCACCCUUCCUGGCCCGGCCGGGGGGACACUGAGGGGAAAGUUUCUUCGCACACAAGUUGUACUUUUCUUGUCUCCGCGCUGCCACACUGCGGGCACUGUACCCGGUAUGCCAGUGUCCCGGCCUGGAGGAAGGAGUUACUGCUAGAGCCCGGAUUAAUAAUGCUGCCGUCCACCAUGUCGCUGCUGCUCCUGCUCUUACUGGAACGUGCGAUUGGAUUGGGGACCGAGCGGGGGUCCUGCCCGGCUCCCUGCCGCUGUUUCGGGGAGCUGCUGGAUUGUAGCCGCGGGGAUCUGCACUCGGUACCGGAUAACCUCCCGGGAUGGGCCGUGCAGCUGGACUUGAGUCAGAACAAACUUUCUUCAAUCAAAGCUAGCUCGAUGAGUCACCUCCAUAAUCUACGUGAACUGAGAUUAAAUAGAAAUGACUUGAAGAUGAUACCCAAUCUUGGUCCUUUGUCCGCAAAUAUUACACUUCUUUCCUUAACAAACAACAAGAUUGAUUCAGUGUUGCCUGAGCACCUUCAACCUUACCAUUUACUGGAAACCUUAGAUUUAAGUAAUAAUCUGAUUACCGAGCUGAAAACCCCAUCCUUUCCUGUACUGAGGCUCAAAUACUUGUACAUCAAUAAAAACCUAAUAACCUCUAUGGAAUCUGGUGCGUUUGACAAUUUAUCUGCUACGUUACAAGUGCUGAAGCUCAAUAAGAACCGGAUUGGCUACAUCCCGCCAAAAAUGUUCAAGCUGUCCAAUCUCCAGCAUCUGGAGCUGAAGCGUAAUCGAAUAAAACAUAUAGAUGGACUCACUUUCCAAGGCCUUGAUGCCUUAAAAUAUUUGACUAUCCAGAGGAAUGGGAUCACACGGCUUAUGGAUGGAGCCUUCUGGGGACUGAGCAACAUGGAAGUUUUGCUGUUGGAUCAUAACAACCUCACAGAGAUUAGUCGAGGCUGGUUGUAUGGCUUGCUUAUGUUGCAGCACCUCCAUCUCGGCCAGAACGCCAUCAGCAGGAUCAGCCCCGAUGCCUGGGAGUUUUGCCAAAAACUCAGCGAGCUAGAUUUAACCUUCAAUGAACUAACAAGAUUAGAAGAGUCAAGUUUUAUGGGAUUAACCCUGCUUGGUAGACUAUUUAUAGGCAACAACCAAAUUAGUAAUAUCGCUGAUGGUGCUUUUCAUGGACUGUCCAGUUUGAACACAUUGGAUCUGAAGAAUAAUGAAAUUUCUUGGACCAUUGAAGAUAUGAAUGGAGCAUUCUCUGGGCUUGACAAAUUAAAAAAGCUGAUGCUGCAAGGUAAUCGGAUCGGAUCGAUUACGAAAAAAGCAUUUUCAUGGUUGGAAGCACUUGAAUACUUGGAUCUGAGUAACAAUGCCAUCAUGUCAAUGCAGAGUAAUGCAUUUUCGCAGAUGAAGAGGCUUCAGCAACUGCAUCUGAACACGUCAAGCCUUCUGUGUGAUUGUCAGCUGAAAUGGCUACCUCAGUGGUUAACCGAAAAUAAGUUACAGACGUUUGUAAAUGCAAACUGUGCUCAUCCCCAAAGUCUAAAAGGCAAAAGUAUCUUCUCUGUGAGCGCUGAUGGGUUUGUGUGUGAUGAUUUUCCAAAGCCCCAGAUUACUGUCCAACCUGAAACGCAGUCUGCACUAAGAGGUUCCAAUGUGACCUUUAUAUGCUCAGCGGCCAGCAGCAGUGACUCCCCAAUGACUUUUUCUUGGAAAAAAGAUAAUGAAAUUCUACACGAUGCAGAGAUGGAAAGUUAUGCUCACCAGCGUGUACAAGGUGGCGAUGUGAUGGAGUAUACCACUAUUCUGAGGUUGCGCAAUGUGGAGUUCAUCAGUGAAGGAAAAUACCAGUGUGUCAUCUCCAAUCAUUUUGGAACGACUUACUCUGUCAAGGCCAGGUUAACCGUUAACAUGCUUCCUUCAUUUACAAAGAUGCCCAUAGACCUUACUAUUCGUGCUGGAUCUACCGCUCGACUUGAGUGUGCUGCAGUUGGUCACCCAACACCACAGAUAGCUUGGCAGAAAAAUGGCGGCACAGAUUUUCCUGCAGCCCGUGAAAGAAGGAUGCAUGUCAUGCCAGAAGAUGAUGUGUUUUUUAUUGUGAAUGCCAAAAUUGGAGACACUGGUGUGUACAGCUGUACAGCCCAGAAUAGUGCAGGCAGCAUUUCGGCUAAUGCUACACUGACCGUGCUAGAAACCCCUUCAUUCCUGAGACCGUUAGUAGAUCGAACUGUAUCAAAAGGAGAAACCACAGUCCUGCAGUGCAUAGCAGGGGGAAACCCAACACCAAAAGUGAAUUGGACAAAGGAUGAUAAUCCAUUGACUGUAACGGAGAGACACUUUUUUGCAGCUGGCAAUCAACUGCUCAUUCUUGUGGACACUGACUUUGAAGAUGCUGGGAAAUACACUUGUGAGAUGUCCAAUAUUCUUGGAACUGAGAGGGGCAAUAUACAGCUUUCUGUAAUUCCCAAUCCAACAUGUGAUUCCCCUGCAAAUGCCACCCCAUCAUUGGAGGAUGAUGGAUGGGCCACCGUCGGGGUGGUCAUUAUAGCCGUGGUUUGCUGUGUUGUGGGAACCUCCCUUGUAUGGGUGGUCAUCAUAUACCACACACGAAGAAAGAAUGAGGAUUGCAGUGUUACAAACACAGAUGAAACCAACCUACCGGUGGAUACUCCAAGCUACUUGUCCUCCCAGGGAACCCUUGCAGAGAGACAAGAAGGAUACAUCUCUGAAAAUGGAAGCCAUCACUUCAUAACUUCCUCUAUGGGUGGUUAUUUCUUGCAGCAAAGAGACACUAACGGAAUUUGUCAUUUGGAUAAUGAAAGUGAAGAUGACUUACAAACUGGAAACGAGCCACUUCACUAUCUCUACAUGGGGCAGCAGAGCUCAUUAUAUUUAAAAGGAAGUGUAUACAACCCUGAAGGAUGCGAAAUCUAUCACACAGGUUACAGCUCAGAUCAAAGAUCUACAAAUCUUGAUGCUUAUGAAGUAGAUUAUUCAACAGAAAAGGGCUUUGGUUCCUCAUAUACACAGCAAAAUGAUGAUAAUUUCAUCAAUAGUUCAGAUGUCCAAGAAACCUUUCCUGUGAUUUAUGCUUUUCCUGGUUCUGUCUGUGAUCAAAGUGAAAAUAACAGAGUUAGUGAUUCAGAGACGGAGCUUUUUGGCUUCAAGCUAAAUUCAGAUAAAACAUUGCACAUGGGCACAUUUGGGAAGUCUGUUUGGAAGCCCCCUCAUGAACCCUUUCCAAAAACAAUGGGAUUUGUGACAACACAUAGUAAUGAUCAUUCCUCUUUGGAUAUAGAUUUAGACUGUGAUAAAGAAAAAACAUCAAAAAUGGCUUUUACAGAUAAAACUGGGAAAGAUUUCUACAAGCAAAAGAUUUCUGAAGAUCAUAGGACUCCUAUGUUUUAUGGCUAUGAUAUAGACACAUAGCAGCUUUAACAUUAUUUGCAUUUCUUAAUCCAAAGACCUUCACUCUCUACCUCAGCAAUAGACUUUGCCCAAAGAGAAAAAAGAAUUAGACUUCUGACCAAAUGCAAAGUCUCCAGAAAAGAUUUCUGAAAAAAAUCUGAAGAAAAAAACUUUGCAUAAAAUAUCUGCUUAUUUUAGAGCUUUGUUUUUAUAUAAAGAAAAAAACUGCCAUAAUUUAAAACUGUAAAUAUUGAUUAUAAAUAUUUUUGUAUUUUUAUAUCAGAUUUUCUAUGGAAAUGAAUAGUAAUGUAUUCCUAAAGUUGCCAAAUCUUGUUGGUAUUGUACAUUUGCACAGUAUGGUGAAUAAAUAAAGGU